GAGCAUAUCGCGCUGCCUUCACAGCUACGCCAUUCAGUUCAUCGGUUUUCGGAAAAAAAAACUCUGUUGCGGGAUAGCUUGAGUGCACAGCAUCCGCAGCAACCAAUUCCAUGUGCUCUGCACAUUUCUUAUCAGGGAGGGAGGCUUCAGAAUGAACCGCAAUUUUCUCAGUGACCGAGUACGGCAACAAGGACCUCAUCAUCGGAUGUCUACCAUUUUUAAACAACGGAUGUCCAUCAUUAGUGCAUAAUAGUUGAUUGUAAAGUGCAAACAACUGGACCAUCGACAGUUUUGUUCGACAUUUAUUCGCAUCCCACCAGCUGAGUGUAUACAGAGAGCAUAUUCGACCUCAGAUAACAUUCGCAGAUUAACAUAAUCCACGGUAGUACCCACCUGAUAAAAUGGCGGUCGGCAGAGUAGCAGGAACGGGCAACAUCGGAUACUCAUCCAACUACCGGACUGGAGGUCGGUCUUAUCACGGAGGCAUAAAUGAAGAGAUCAUUUGGAUCAGUAUCGGAAUGGCAGUAACUAUCGCAAUACUGAUCACACUCGCCUUAAUUUAUCUUGCGUAUGAAAAGUGCCAGAAGCGGCGACAACGAUACAUACAAGCGUGAGAUGAGUUAAGCCGGCUGGGCCGCCCUGCCGAGAAAGAGGCGGCCAAAACCAUGCCCUGAACCACCUCCCGAAGCCCCGGCCAACAUGACGAUGACGAUGGAGAAACAAUAGAACAAAAUUGGAUAGCAAUUCACAACCACCACUAAUGGACCAAAACUAAUAUAAAAACGAUGCCUCUCAAACGAAGCACUUAAACGAACAGUAGGAAAGUUAGCAUAUAAAGAAAGAUUUAAAACCGUAGCGUAAACUAAACCCACAGAGGAAUGAUAAAUCAACAGAAACUAAUGCCAAACAAUUUUGAAAUGCUCUAUAUAUAUAUAAAUAUAUAUGAAUAUAUAUGGAGCAGAUAUAUACAUAUAUAUAUUUAUGCGCCCCAAGAUAGCAACUCGAUACGAUUUACUACGGGGCCUGUGUUGAACCCCGAGAUGCUACUGGCACGUCCCUAGAACAAGCCAAAAGCUACAGGUACGAUUUAUAACCGUAUUACGGUAGCUCCUACGGCUCGUAUAGGAAAGGAAGUAAUCGAAAUACAUUCGAUGCAUGGUAUUCGAGCUACGGAGAGCUUUGCUAGCGGAACAAAAUCAAACAAUUUACCAAAACAAAAAAAAUAUUAAUUGUGUCUUUACCGCUCGUCUCUAGCGAACAGAACAGAACCACGUAGUCGAUUAAAUAUGAAGUAGUCUGGACUUUUUGCGUCCGCCCGAUCUGACCGAUUCCCGCUGUUGUUCAUCUCACACAUUUCUAAUGCUAGUAGUAUAACAGCCAAAUCCCUCACUACUGUUUCAUUGUUGAAAUAAGGACAUAUAUAGUAGGAGGCCCAUCCGACGAGUGCACACACUACAGUCACUAGACUCUUUUUAACCUCUUUUUAAGGUGAGUUGAGCACUGGUCCGCAUCACCGUUUACCAUACCACCUCUUCUUAAGUGGAACAAUUUUAGGCUGCCUAGUAAGCAACACUGUUUUUUUUACAAAUAUUU